AUGAUGCAUCAUCUUGAUUUUUCCAACGGUCACCGACACGGUGACGGUACGCUUGGAAUGUCGGGUGGAUCUGCAGGAGCAACCAUGCUGCACGAAUCGUUCUCCAGCCUGAUUGGCAACGUGCCGUCGGCAGUGGAUUUGAACGGGACGGACUUUCUGCACCAUUACAGUCCGGCGGCCGUCGACUAUUGGAGCCCGGUGUCCUACAAAAAUGGUACCAACCCUAUGAAAGCGAUGGAAGCUUGCCUCCAGAAUGCCAACAAGGGACAGUACAAUCCGCUGGAACAGGUCGAGCAGCUCAGCAUUAGCUGUGACAGCGAAUCACAAACCUCGCCGCUGCAGCAUACGGGUGUCCACAGCCUGCAGCAGACAGCCAACAAUGGCAACAACCUCGGCCAUCACCACCUUAACCUUAGCGCCAACCAUAACAAUAACAACAAUAGUUUUAGCAGCAACAAGAAUCUACACGAGCCGCGCAGCCACGGCAAAACGCAUCGAAGCGCGGACGCGCGCCAAAAAUCGCGAACAGGACGCCGUGGUGGUGGCGCCAACUCGCAAGGCUCCUCGCCCGGGACGAACGAGAACGCGCGCGUGGGUAUGGAAGAGGAUCCGGGUGAGUCCAGCAGAACGGAUGAGGAUGAGGAAGAGGUUGGGGGUAGUGAUGAGGAUACGGGUGGUGGUGACGGUAGUGGUGGAGGUUGCAGAAGAGAAUCCAUCAUACAAAAUGGUAGCAGACAGCAGCAGCAGCAGCAGCAACAAUCCGCCAAGCAGCUGGGAGCGCCCACGACGGCUACCUUCGCAAGCAAAAAGUCACCCGACGCGGAUAAGCCUUAUCACCCGUCGCUGGCGUCGGUGGUGGUCGUACUGGAGGGGAAACAUUUGUGGGACAAAUUUCACGAGCAGGGCACGGAGAUGAUAGUGACCAAAGCCGGGCGCCGCAUGUUUCCGACCUUCCAGGUGAAGGUGGUCGGGCUGGAGCUGGCCGCAGAGUAUCUCAUGAUUAUGGACUUUGUGCCGCUCGACGAUAAGCGCUAUCGAUACGCGUUCCACACCUCAAGCUGGGUUGUGGCCGGAAAAGCGGAUCCCAUCUCACCGCCACGCAUCAGCGUCCAUCCGGACUCCCCGGCGACCGGUGCCACCUGGAUGAAGCAAACAAUUUCCUUCGACAAGCUGAAGCUCACCAACAAUCAGCUCGACGACAAUGGCCAUAUCAUUCUCAACUCGAUGCAUCGCUACCAGCCCCGGCUACACGUGUGCUUCUUUACGCGGAACGGCGUCAAGGACGAAAAGGACACGCUGACGCACCGUACGUUCGUCUUUCCGGAAACGUCAUUCACGGCCGUCACCGCCUACCAGAACCAGCGGGUAACGCAGCUUAAAAUCGUCAGCAAUCCCUUCGCCAAGGGUUUCCGGGAUAAUGAAACGAACGAAGAAUCUCAGGAACGAUCGGCACCGACCAUAAGCGAUCGGCUAAAAAAUGAACGCAACUCCAGCUACAAGAAGGAUAGCGAAAUGGUGACAAUUUCAACGGGCACCACGUCCUCCUCACCGCGGAUACCUUCCUCCUCUUCCUCCUCCUCCUCCUCCAACACCACAUCCUCCACCACGACACCCUCCGCCCUGUCGCUACAUCAAUCCGCACACCAUCAACCCGCGCUGCACCAUCUUCAGCAUCAUCUGCAGCAUCUUCACCAACCGCCCGGCGCUAGUACCGUCGAAGGUAGCGGUGCGACAACCGACGGCCAUCAUCAGCACCAUCAUCUUCAUCAUCAGGCACAUCUACAGCAGCAGCAACAUCCGCACCACCACAACGGCACCGCCGGUGGAUUGACUUCCCUCGUGCCGGGACACCAUUCACCCCUAAACUCGCCCGCCCCAUCGUCCGGCGGAGCGUCCUCCCUCUCGCCGUACGGUCUAUCACCACACGGUACGGGUUCGGGUGGUACUCCGACCACGAGCUCAUCCGGCGGUUCCGGCUCCGGCAGUAUGCUGGCCCAACCGUACGCUUCCGAUGCGAGCGGAUUCGGUCCGAUCUAUCACCAUCACCAUCACCACCACCAUCACAACCCGUUGGCGGGUGGACCUGCCCCGUACAUGGGCCAUCCAUCGUUCGUGGACAAAUACAAACUGUCCGCUACGCCACCACCUCCACCACCGCCACCGCCAAACACGCUCACACCACCCGGGACGACCUACGCCGGCCAUUAUCAGGGAUUCUACACGGGUGCAACUCAUCCUGGGGCCGGCAUGCUGUCGGGCGGACAUCACACAAUGGCGCACGGUGCAAGAGCUACCGUUGCCUCGAUCGCCUGUCGGGAUCGGUCCGAUCACGGCUGGUAUCCUUAA